UCAUGCAAUUCUUGAACGGGUUGAAUGAUUCCUAUUCUCAAGUGAAAACACAAAUACUCAUGAUGGAGCCUAGUCCUUCCAUUGAUAAGGCAUUUUCUCUGGUGAUUCAAGAGGAAAGGCAAAGGUAUUCAGGAUUUACUGUUGUUCCUUCUGUUGAAUCAACUGCCCUUGCAGUCAAGAAUCAAGGAUUCAAUCAAGGGAUUCCAUAUCCAGGAUACAACAAGAGCACUAAAGGAAUCAAUGCAAAAGGGAGGCCUGUAUGUAGUCACUGUGGCAAGCUUGGACAUGUUGUAGAAAAAUGCUACAAAUUGGUAGGAUAUCCUCCAGGUUACAAGCAGAAGGGCAGAGUGGCCAUGGCCAAUCAAGUCUUGACUAAAGAUGAUCAAGGAAAUUCUAACAAUUCUGGCAAUCAACAGGUCAAUUCAUUUCCCUUUACUUCAGAACAAUAUCAACAAUUAAUCUCAAUGCUCAGCUCUCAUCAUGCAUCCACAUCUGGUGCUGCCAAUGAUGCAUUGCACUCAGCUAAUUCUGCUCUUUCAGGACCUUACUUGUUGGAAAACGAUUGGAGUGGGUGAAUUACAUGACAAUCUGUAUCUGCUGCACACUGCAUCCUCUUGCAAAUCUGUUUCAGAAGAUUCUUCAACUCUUGAGUCUGUUUUUCAAUCUUUUGUCAAUUCUGUAUCUGGUUCAAUAUCCAUUCCUAGAGUUACCAAGUCUUAUCUUUGGCACAUGAGGUUAGGACAUGCCUCUGAUAAUAAGUUUCAGGCCUUACACAGUCAUAUACCUGAUGUACAAAAUUUUCAUAGCAAUAAAAAUUGUGUUCUUUGUCCCAUUGCAAAACAGAAGAGGCUUCCAUUGCCCUUUCUUAAUCAUGUUUCAAAUGCUGCUUUUGAUUUGAUCCAUUGUGAUGUUUGGGGACC